GAGCGCGAAGAAAGCUAAGCUGAGAGGCACUUGUAUGAAGACGGAAUGGAUACAAAGAAAUUAACAUAGUGAGCUUGAUCAAUCAUUACACUCCUGUCGAAGAGAUGAAGGUUAAAAUAAAGCAGUGGAAUGGUGUGGCGUCCUGGUUGUGGGUAGCCAACGAUGAGAACUGCGGCAUCUGCAGAGCGCCUUUUAACGGCUGCUGCCCAGAUUGUAAGGUCCCAGGAGAUGAUUGCCCUUUGGUUUGGGGUCAGUGCUCUCACUGUUUCCACAUGCACUGCAUCCUGAAGUGGCUGAACUCUCAGCAAGUGCAGCAGCAGUGCCCAAUGUGCCGUCAGGAGUGGAAGUUUAAAGAGGGAGACACUUCCUGAGGAGAUUAAAUAAGUGUACACUCUCA